UAGUGCGCUCUAAGCCAUUCAGGAGACAAUUUAACGAUUUGUACUAAAUCAUGUUGUUAUUGCUGACGGCGGAAUCAUUUAGCUCUUAAACUCGUGGAUUUAUACUGUUUUGAACUGUGGAGUUACUUUAUUGUCGUGGCCAUGUCACUCCCAGAGGAGGAUCUUACGUGUCCAGUAUGCUGUGACAUAUUUACAGACCCUGUUCUGCUGUCAUGUAGUCAUAGCUUCUGUAGGAGCUGUCUGAAGCGCUGCUGGAACACAGGCUUGCGUGAGUGUCCAGUAUGCAGGAAAAGAACCUCCAAGUCCAGUCCUCUAUCCAAUCUGGCGCUGAAAAAUGUCUGUGAAACUGUUGUACAGACCAGGAGACAGAGUUCAGUGGAAGAGAAGAUGAACUGUAAUAUCCACGGGGAGAAGUUGAAGCUUUUCUGUCUGGUUGACAAGCAGCCCAUCUGUGUGGUAUGUCAGUCUUCCAAACUGCACAAGAACCACGACUGCUCACCUUUAGAAGAGGCAGUGCUGGAUUGCAAGGAUCAACUUGCUCUAUCCCUCAAGACUUUGCAAGAUGAACUGAACUGCCUCAAAAUAAUUCACAGGAACACUGCAACCAUGUUCAAUCACAUCAAGAAUCAGGCACUGAAAACACAGAGAGUGAUUAAGAGCCAGUUCGAGCAGCUCCAUCAGGUCCUCUAUCACGAAGAGUCAGUCAAAUUAGCAGCUGUGAAGAAAGAAGAAGAAGAGAAAACUGCAAGAAUGAAGGAUAAGUUUAAAGAACUUGCUGCAGAGGUGCUGUCCCUCUCAGAGACCAUCGCAGUCAUACAGGAGAAGCUGAAAGAAGAUGAAAUGGUCUUGUUGAAGAAUUUCAAAGCUACUCAGGACAGAAGCAAAAGCACUCCACUCGAUUCAGACAUCAUGUCUGGAGUACUGAUUGAUGUGACCAAGCAUCUCUGCAACCUCAAAUAUAGAAUCUGGGAGAAGAUGCUGGACCAUGUUGAUUAUACUCCUGUGACUUUAGACCCAAACACAGCACACCCCUGUCUCAUCCUGUCAGAUGACCUGACUUCCCUCCAUUACUCAACCGAGCUGAGUUGUUGCCCAGACAACCCAGAACGCUUCCACAUGAGUGCUGAAGUGGUAGGUAUGGACACGCUAGGCUCAGGAAGUCACCAUUGGGUUGUGGAAACAGGAAGUAAUCAGGACUGGCUCCUGGGCGUGGCUUCUUCCUCUGUACCUAGGAAUUCUGAGAUCUCUGCUCGGCCUGAGAAAGGCUUCUGGACUUUGUGUUUCAGGGAUGGAGAGUUAAGGGCAAUGACCUCUCCACCCACCACACUGAUUGUUUCAAGAAUCCCCCAACAAGUGAAAGUGCAACUGGAUUACGACAAAGGGACAGUGUCUUUUGUCGACUCUGCUGAUGAGCUCAUUUAUAAAUUCAUACACACAUUCAGAGAAACAUUACUUCCUUAUUUUUAUACACAGAGCAGUCAUCCUAUGAGAAUAUUGCCAGGGAAGGUACUUGUCACAAUGUUACAUCAAUAACUGUGUGAAUGAUCCUUUUUGAUGGAUGAAAGUACUCUUCAUCCAAUUUGCUGCUUCAAAAAUAAU